CGAGGGACCACGCAGGGGAAGGAUGCAUUUAAAGCAGGAUGUGUGCUGGAUGCUGGGAGACACGGCAGCGAUAGCAGCAGCAGCAGCGAGCACGGAGGGCCUGGGAAGCGUCCACCCCCUCUCUCUCCUCCUUUUCCUCCCCCCCUGCAGGACCAUGCUUGCGUGAGGGAUGAGGCUGUGCACAGGGACGCCAGGCCAGAGCUGCGGCCUACUUCUUCUCACAAGAGCCGGGCUCUCGACUGCAAGAUCUGUGAACGCUUUGCCACCAUCAAAUCAGCAUCUUUGGUAGGCAGGCUCCCUCUCCCGCUGGGAGGGUCUCUCUCGCCAUCCUCUCAGCUGCACAUCUGUAGUCAUGGCAACCGGAUCCCGUUAAUAAGUGUAAUUUUUUCCAUCCUCAGGUUCCCCCCUCUGCUUUUAUGUGUGUGUAAUUGUUUGGAUUUCUAUCAAAUCUCUUUCUAUAUCUGUUUAUCGUGAUGUGUUUUUGUUAUUGAUUUACAAGCUGUGUGUAGACGUACCUUUAGCAUUUUCAUCCCAGAAUAGUAGGCCUGCAAAACAGGCUCAUACCUAUUGAGCUCUCCAUUUGUGGCUACAUACAGUAUGUACGUGACAGAUGUAUUAGCAUGAAGAACACCACAUUGACAUUCAAGACACCCUUGCUAUGUUCAUGUAUGUAUUUAUCGUAAUUGAUGAUGCAUGUGCUAUGUUACUAGCAUGAAAUCUGAGCUGAGCAGCCAUGAUCAUUUAGUGAAGAGGAGCAGUGUACAUUAUUUCCUGCCCUGGCUAAUACUAUCCACAGAUACUGUAGCUAAUAAUCCUCAAGAAUGUCCACCAAUUAACAACUGUGCGUGUUUGUGUGUUUGCGUGUGCGUGUGCAUGUUUGUAUGUGUGAAAGUUAUGACAGGAUUUGUGACAGGUGGUCGGUCAUAGAGGCCUUUUUAGUUAUAGUUGAUUGGACUUUACACAUGUUGGACUUGAAUGCUAAUGAGAUUAUAUUGAGUAAAUUCUGGAUGAAUUUACUGUAGUUAUACUACAUUAAGGGUGAUAUUCAGAGACUGUGAUCUAGAGUACGAGCAAAUACAUAGAACCAAAUGAAUACUGUAGUUACCCUUAGGUGUACAGUACAUAGUCUUCGUGAGGUCUCUCUUCUCUAUUUCACUUAAGGUAUCCUUGCAAAGAUAAUCAAAUAUGUCAAGUUAUGUGUCAGAUUCACAAAGGACAUUGUUCUACUAUAUUUUACAGUCUAUUACUGAGUGCGACUAGGGUACUCGUGUUUCUCCCUUUGUGAGUCCAUAUUUAACAUACAUUUUAAUUGUACAGCAGUCUUCUCAGGCCCUCUUGCUUUUCACCCCUGACUGUUCUCUCUGUGCCCUCCGACCCCUGACCCCUGUGUCCAGGUCACCAGGUAGAUCCAGGAGCAUGAGCAGGACUCUGAGCUGCGGGAGCAGAUGUCUGGGUAUAAGCGCACGCGGCGGCAGCACCAGAAGCAGCUGAUCGCCCUGGAGAACAGGCUGAAGGCGGAGAUGGACGAGCAUAGGCUCCGGUUGCAGAAGGAAGUAGAGACCCACGCCAACAACACUUACAUUGAACUGGAGAGACUGGCUAAACGGCACGCCGUUCACACAGACAAAGAGGUGAAUAAUGAUGUUGCCUGGUAGGACAGUAGGUCCUGGUUGCUAUGAAUGAGAUGUAAACUGAAGAUGUUCCAGCCCCUUAAUUAUAUAGCAUCCUUAGCAUUUUUCCCUUUCAGCAUAAUGUCAGAAUUUUAAACAGUACAUCAAAGGGAGGUGGUAAACAAAAUAAUUCUGGAACAUUUAAUAUGUUCCCGUACAGAUAAAGGCAGCUACAGCAGAGGAGAAGAGGAUCCAGCAACAGAUCAUUGCCCAGCAAAAGAAGGAGCUGACCACCUUCAUAGACAACCAGAAAAAAGAGUACAGGCUCUGUAAAGAUAAGAUCAAAGAGGUAAAUGUACAAAUCAUUUACACAUUUUUCCACUUUGUCUGUGAUGAAACUGUUUGCAUUUUCCAUUGAUUCCAUGCAUGACCCACUAAGCCCUGGUUCUUAUCUGGAUGUUGCAGGAGAUGAAUGAGGACCCCAUUACGCCCAAGGAGGAGAAGCAGGAGCGUCUUUCCAGGCACAAGGAGACGGUGCAGCGCUCACAGGCUGAGGAUGAGGCCCACCUCCUAGACCAGCAGAGGCUGGUCUAUGACAGGAGCUGCCGGGCUCUGAAACGCAGGACACUGGUCAAGAGGCACGAGUUUGAACAGGAGCAAAUGAGAGAGGUACAGUUCCUCUCUGAUAUUUAGUUUGCCAAUGAUGCUGAUAGAAUUGCCUCUAGAAUUGUCACCCCAACCUCUUUUGUUAAAUGGCCUAAUUUGCAUUGUAGAAAUCUGAAGUACUGUAUAUUCGAAAUGAAAUGGGAAGAUGAGGAAUAUGUCCCACCUCAGGAGCUGAAUAAGAAGAAGACCCAGAAGGAGAUGGAGCAGGCCCUGAUGAUCCGACAGGACGAGUCCACUCAGGAGCUGGAGCGCAGGCAGCUGCAGACGCUGCAGAGGCUCCGUGUUGAGCUGAUCCGCCUGCAGCACCAGACCGAGUUGGAGAACCAGGAGGAGUACAACGGCCGGCGGCAGAGAGAGCUGCACAGAAAGCACGCCCUGGAGCAGCGGCAGCAGCCCCGGAACCUCAAGGUGCAUAGAAUCUAUACUGCAGCUGCUGUGCUGUACAUUUGGUUUAGUGUGUCUGCACAUCUAUGCAAAGACCCUUGAAUUAAAGUCACACCCCUGGUCAGACUGAAGCUCAGCCGGCAGUCAUAACCGGCAAAAUGAUUGUUUCUUACUGUAUGUUUCUUACGAUUGUUUCUUUCUAUUUGUCCUUCUGGAGAUGUUGGAGAUGCAGAUCAAGAAACAGUUCCAGGACACAUGUAAGGUGCAGAACAAGCAGUACAAAGCCCUGAGGAACCAUCAGCUUGAGGUUUCUCCUAAGAGCGAGCACAAGGCCAUCCUAAAGUCACUGAAGGAGGAGCAGACACGCAAGCUCGCUGUGCUGGCCGAGCAGUACGAGCAGAGCAUCAACGAGAUGAUGGCCUCACAAGCGGUAAGGGCACUACUCACCCUUAACCUCCAAACAGCUACACAAUGCUUACUGGUACAUGUAUUAUUUAACCCCCUCUCUCUCUCUCUCUCUCGCUUGUCUCUUUGGUCCCCCAGAUGCAUCUGGAGGAAGAGCAGGAAGGGGAGUGCCAGGCGUUGAAGCAGCAGCUGCAGCAGGAGAUGGAGCUCCUGGAUGCCUACCAGAGCAAGACCAAGGCCCAGACAGAAGCCCAACAUGAGAGGGAGCUGCAGAUGCUGGAGCAGAAGAUCUCCUUAUGCAGGUCCCACCUGGAACAGAAGGUAUGUUUUGGUUAUGUUGUAACACAGACUCACCUCUUUAGACUGAAACCGUCACUUAUUUGAUUAUCACUAUUGUGGAUUCAGAUUGAAGAGGAGCUGGCCUCACUUCAGAAGGAACGCACUGAAAGGAUCAAGCAGCUUUUUGAACGGCAGGAGAGGGAGAUGGACGCUUUCGAUGCAGAGAGUGCUAGGCUGGGGUUUGGGAGCUUAGGUUCGCUGGACUUCCCCAAGGAGGACGACAGAUGA